GCGUUGUUUGACGAUGAACGGUGGCGGCGGCGGGAGAUCCAUGGAGCAGAUGCAAGCAGAGCAGAUGCGCAAGAAGGAAAACGACGAGAUGAAGAAGCAAAUCAUCUCCAGCAUCAUGACGCCCGAGGCCAAAGAGCGUUUGUCGCGCAUUGCGAUUGUCAAGCCCGACAAGGCGGCGGCACUGGAAGACACGAUCAUCCAGAUGGCACAGCGCGGUCAACUGCCUGGUCAGAUCGAUGAAGCCAAGUUCAUCGAGUUGUUGAGUCGCACGGGCGCCGCGGAGGAUCAACAGCGCACCAAGGUCACGAUCCAGCGAAGGACCUAUUUUUCGGACGAGGAAGACGCCGACGACGACGACGACUUUUAGAUGUUUCUUAAUGCGAUAACUUCCUUUUUAACCCCG